CGCCAGGGAGCUGUCAGGGAGGACGUGAGAGGGGUGCUGAGGCGGGAUCCCUCUCCUGAGGGAACAGGUGCCGGCAUCGCGUCGGGGUGGUCCGAAGCCACCCAGCAUGACUAGUCCUGGCACGAAGGGGUCGUGGCUCUCGCAGCCGGCGGUGAAGAGCGUGCUGGUGUAUCGCAACGGGGACCCGUUCUUCCCGGGGCGCCGUAUUGUCGUCAAUGAGAAGAAAGUGUCCAACUUCGAGGUGUUCCUGAAAGAGGUGACAGGCAGGGUGAAGGCACCCUUUGGAGCUGUGCGUAACAUCUAUACCCCCCGGGGUGGGCAUCGUGUCCGGCAGCUGGAGGAGCUUCAGAGUGGAGAGCAGUAUGUGGCUGGUGGCAGGGAAGCCUUCAAGAAACUCAACUAUUUGGACAUUGGAGAAACAAAGAAAAAACCCGCUGAAGUCAAUAAUGAGUCUACAGUGGAAGAUGUCAAGCCGGUUACUCACAGUAGAAUCACCGUGUCAGCACGGUUUCGAAAACCACUCCUGGAGCCCUACACUAUUUUCCUGAUUGCUAAUGGAGACCUUAUUAGCCCCAUAGUGCGCCUUCUUAUUCCCAGGAAAACACUGAAUCACUGGGAUCAUAUUCUUGAAAUGGUCACAGGAAAAGUUACCCUCAGAAGUGGAGCUGUUCACAGACUUUAUACUUUAGAUGGAAAACUUGUUCAGAGUGGGUCUGACUUGGAGAAUGGGCAAAUUUAUGUUGCAGUGGGUAGAGAAAAGUUUAAAAAGUUGCCGUAUGGUGAUCUGUUGUUUAGCAAAUCUACAGUGAGGCGGCCACAGGGUUCCAAAGCCUCUGUACUACCUCCCAUUGUGGGCUCUCGAAAGUCUAAGGGCAGUGGAAAUGAUCGGCAAUCUAAAUCUACUGUUGGAUCCAGUGACACAGGAGAAAACAGUUCCUCACCUCAGCUUCUGAAAAGGAAAGACAAAAAAAGCCAGAAUCCAGAGGAUUCUGUGUCUAGACGGCACUUUUCUAACAACUCUACAAAAAUAAAACAGACAAUAAGAGUAACAGCUUCCACAGCAGUCCUUCAAGAUAAUGGUCAAGAUAUUUGCAAAGCCACAGAAGAGGGGUCUGAAAUGUGGGGGGCAGCUGAAGUGCAGGAAGAUGAAGAUACUCGUGUAGAAGUUCCGCUGGACCAGAGGCCAGCAGAAACUGUAGACGAAGAAGAAAAUGCAGAAGAGGAAAAUGACAGGGGGGAGGAGGCAUAUAAAGGAGAGGAAGAAUAUCCAGAAGUGAAUGGAGAUGAAAGUGGGGAAACUGUUAAAGAAAGAAAUGAACUGUUAAAAAAAGAAGUGGAAGAAAACAAGAAGAAAUUAUAUGAAACAGAAGAAACAGAGAAUAUUAACCAAGCAGAGGAAGAGGAACCUAUCCAUUUAAAUGACAAGAAAAAUGUAGAAAAUGGUGAGGGAGUGGAACACUUGAACUACCAAGGUGAUCUUCAUCCUGAAGAAGAAAAAAAAGAAGAGGAUUCUGACAGUCAGAACCAGGUUGAUUCUCAUCUUGAAAAAACAUCCACAAAUCCAAGGGUGACAAUCACCAGCCCACAAGAAAGUGAAAAAAAUGACCAGAGCAAUGACUAUGCUGCAGUUGCAUAGAUAGAAAAAAUACAAUGAGCAGAAAAUGAAAGAUUAUAAUACUUUAAACAUGUUAUAUUUUGUGAUUGAUAACUUAUAAUGGGAAGAUAGGCUGAGUACCCACAUAUUGAGUCUUGAAGUGAUAAUGCUGUGUGGACUGAUAUAGAAAACAAACAUUAACAGUUACUAGAAGAACACAGAAUUAUUUUUACAAGGUGAGAUUUUCCGAUAGAAUUUGAGGGGGUAAAUACAAGAGUACUGUAUAGAAAUAUUAGAAAUAAAUUAACUAUCCUGUUGUAUAAGAUGGUUAGCAGUAAUAGAAUGACACUGUUCCAGAAAAAGGAAAAAAAAAACCAAAAACAAAAAACCUCACACCAAAUUUAAUGUCAAAGCUUCAUUACGGAUUUAUUCAGAAAAGAGGAACAACUUUUGACUUUUAAUGAGAACAUAUGUAUCUUUUCCUUUAAAAUUCCACAUGAUAUAUAUGAUUUCCAGACAUAACAUUAAGAUAUAAUGAGAAUACGUUCCUCACUUAAUGGACUUAUGCCCACAAAAACUGGUGUACUAUAAUGAAUUGUCAGUCCUAAUGUUACUAAAUAGUGGAUUAAUUAGAACUGUUAGUUUUAAAAUUUGCAGAUAGCAUUAUUUAGCACUAUGAAUAUACAUAGACAGCCUACAAUACUGCAGCUUGUUCCCGUUUACAGCAAGAUGUUUUGCUGAUUGUCCACUCCGAUUCACUAAGAGUGAAAUGUUACCAUAGGGGAAAAAAAAAAAAAGGAAGAGUAUGUAGCAGAUUGGUUGCAAAAGUUGAGCUUGGGUGGAUUUGUAAUUCAGUCCAUGUGAAAUUUAAUUUAUUAAUAAAAAAACAAUAGGCCUGGAUUCAGACUGAAAUUGCUAUGAAAUCAUUGCUGCCAGUGGAGCCAUUUUAAUAUGAAACAAGUUAGGAUGAGCCCACCAGUCUUCUGUAAAAGCAAAAAUUGCUGCAUUUAUGAGUCCUUUACAUAGCCUUAAUGGUUGGAAGUGUGUCAUCAUCUUUUUGAGCAAGCUGGCUCCUGAUAGGCUGUGGCUUAAUUUGCCUUAGUAAAUAAGGCAUUGAUCCAUGGUAUUGGUUCUCUUAAUGACACCAAUUCCAUUGCUCUUAUCGUUUCUCUGUUAGUAAUGGGAAUAAUUUGUAGUUCAUAGAAAUACAGUCCUGAGAAUAUUUUCAUCAAUUAUACAAAAGAAAUAGCGAGGUUCCCUAUUGUUAGUGCUAGUAAAUUAUUACUAAGAGAAACUAAAUGUCAUUUUUGUUGAUUUCAUGCCAUUAAGACAAAAAUUACAUUUAUGAACAAAUUGAACUUGAAGCACUGUUUGAGGAAUGUGAAGAACCACUUGUCAUGACUGAAACUCAUACAAACAUCUACACUUUUACUACUAACUAUUAAAUAUAUUUUUCCAAUGGACUAGAAAUACGUAUUCUUCAGCAUAUUUCUGAGUUACUUACAUUGGCAAUGUAAGGAUAAAAACUGUAAUGUUAAAAACCAUAUGAACAGGGUUAGAACAUUUUGCUCUGUGGCAUCUCUGAAUUGUCUAUGAUUCAUGUGUCCUUUGCUGAACUGUCUGACAAAGAUCUAAGGAAAUACUAUAUUUGUGAUCAGUUCAAAAUAAGCUCCUAAUGUAGCCAAGCUCUUAAACAAGUAUGUAUGCUUCUUCUAUUUGAUAUGGCAAAUAAGACCAUGCUCAAAUAUUUUGAUUUCACUGGGAUUUAAGAAGACAUUUGAAGUUAAGCAGAAGUAAAAAUUUUCCAAUCCUCCCCCACCCCCCCCAAAAAAAAACCAAAAAAACCCACAAAACCAAAACAAUAAACCCAGAAUGAAUAAAAUAACUAUACGUGCUAGUGAGGAAAAUUGGCACACAGAAAUCCUUUAGGUAACUUUAUAGUUAAUCCUGCACUGGAAUAAUACAUGCAGUAGCAUUAAAAGCCCUCAAACAAUACUUAACCAGUCAGAGAAGGCAUCUCUGUCUACUCAGGGAAUUUACAGGCUGAACCUGCUGUGCAAAGCUGACCAAGGAAAAUGGCUAAUGCUGCAUCUUUUCUUAAGAGCUGAAUAGCUCAUAUGCUUACCAGUAAGCAUGGCCUUAAAUGUGUUGCUGAAUCGAGACAAAUGACAGUAAUCUUGAAUUGACAUUACAAUGAAUGGGCUCAUUGCUAGAAGUUAAUGGUGUACCAAAUAGAGGACUCUACUUGCAGAUUAAGACUUGAACAACCUCUGAGAUGUUCUUGGUCUUCAAAAGUUUAAACUUAAAUUGACACCCCAAAAAAUCUGAUGGAGAUAAUUUGGAGAACAUUUGCCUCAAAAUGUUGUGCCUAGAAACCAUAUUUAGAAGAAACUGAGGGAUUUGUAUGGUGAUACCUUUCUUCCUUUGGUUUCUAUUUAUAGCUUCUGUCUGCCAACAGUUUCUGUAAUUUCCUCCCUUUACCCCAAAAUGUUCAGUGCCUUCCAUGCUUAAAAGACUUACAGAUGUCAAUAAUCAUAAUUUAAAAUCUUAAACUAAAUUCCAGGGAAAUAUAAUGUGAUCAUUUUCUUUCAUGGGAGCAUGAAAUCCCUAUAAGUGUUAUUCAGCCUUUAAAAUGUUUUCUUAUAAGAAAGACGGGAUAUUUCUUCAGAAGAGCAAAUCAGACUUUUUGGAAAUGGAGAUGUAAUCAUUUUAUCAUUCACCUUACAGCACUGACAACAUGAAUUUUGUAUCGGGUUCUUUUAUAUAGAGAAAUCAGUUUAUGCGUAACAAAUAGUUCUGAUGUUAACGUAGAAAUUAAACAAGAAGCAUACAGGUGGUCUUGCUAAUACUUUUUCCAUCUGGAUUUGUUGUGUGUGGUGGCUUAACCCAGUUUUACAUAAGAAAUACAUUAUUUUGGUAAACUUAUUUAAUGUUAUCAUAUUAAGCUUAUAUGCAACAGUUUUGAGGGGGUUUUAAAGACUUGUUUUCUUGGUUUUAUUUUUAAAAAUAAUUUGAUAUUAAAGAGAAUUAGCAUACAUAUAUUCCUGUGUUUUGUCUCACAUGAAGGCCUGUUUGAUGUUAAGUCUAUCUUUGUGUGACUGGCUUUAUCAAACUGGUGAUUUUACAGCUGAUAGGAUUCUCUCAUAACUAGAAAUUAAAAAAAAAAUCAGAUUUGGUAGUUCCAUUAUUAUAGCUGUGAAAGAAAAUUUGCUGACAAUUUAGCUGUUACAUAGUUAUAAAUCUAAGAAUAACAGCAAAGUUAAACUGGCCAUGUGUUUUUAAUGUCAUCGUUCAGGUUAGGACUGUAUUAUCAGUAUGUAUAUACUGUUCACCUGAUAUUCAGAAUAACAUGAGUUUUAUCUGUUCACUGGCAAUACUUGAGAAAGUUACCAAACUUUUAGAUGUCUCCUUGCUGAAAUUCCUAAUUUCAGUGAAAUAUUAAAGCAUAUGCUUAAAUCCUA